UUAAUAAAGAAAGGGUUUAGAAAGAUAAAAAUAUAAAUUAUGUGAUAAUUACGCUGUAUCUCUUUUAAAUAAAGAAAAUUAGAGUCUAAAACAAGAUAUGCCGUCAAAGGGUAGCCUCAAACGUAAACAAUAACAAGCAGUCACCACUCGAGCGCCACAUUUGUAUCACCACAAUAACAGCAACAACAUUAACAAGAUAGACACAGCUGGCCCUGCUGUGGUCACCCUAAGAGGACAAGAAAGCCUAAUUGGUCUCUAGACAUCCUGUGUGGCUGUACUGACCUUACCUUUGACGUCCUCAAGCAUGCCAGCACUUCCCACUAGAGGAUCUCAUCAGUUCACCAUAGUCUGGUAGAACCCUCUGCCUCAGCCACCCUCAGGGCAUAGAAGCUGCAACAGCACAGCUCACAGCCCCAUCAACAAGACCAUGAUGGAAGACAGUUUUGGGAUGGAGGAGGAAUCAGAUGAUGAGUGGUUCUACAGUUCCAUUAGCAGAUACGAUGACUUGCUGAUGUAUGAUGUGCAUGGAGAUAUUUCCUGCUCAACAUUUUAUGAUAGCACCAAGAUUCUUCUGGGUGUAUCUAGGGGUUCACUGCAUGAACUGCUGCUGCUGGGUGUUCCAGACAAGCUUUUGGCUGGUAGGAAUGCAGGCCUUGUCAAGAGCAGAGACUUUAACCAAGUGGCUGCAGCUUACACUGCUGGCUCAGUAAAGAAGCUUGUCAGAGUUGGGAGCCGUGUGGUGGUGGCAGAGGAGAGAGGCAUCUACUUAUACUCUGUCCCUGAUCCUAAUAAUGCCUCAGAUGUGAUAAGUUUAUUGAGCACUCUAAAGAAGGAUGUGGAUGGAAAGACAGUGUUGGCAGUGUCUGGGGACCAUGUGUAUGCUGGGGACUCACUCUCUAAUCUCACCCUCUUGGACUUAAGUUCAGAAGAGACACACGUGCCAGUCACAUUGUCCAGUGCUACUAAGAGGAAUGGAGAUAUCAGUGAAAUAGUGUGUGUAGAUGACAAAGUUUUUAUUUGUUUGAAGAAUGAAGGAUGUUUACUGAUCUGUGAUCAUAAAACAAAUUCAGUCCUUCAAGAAGUGCAGGUUGAGGCACCCAGUGGUAUGUGGACAAUGGAUGCCAGUAAGGAUGGCAACUUUGUAGCUCUUGCUAGCUCAUGUGGCAGAGUGAGUGUGCGUGAUACACGAUACAUUCACCAGGAAAUGUACUCGCACAACUUGGAGGAUGUACUUGACAGGACUCGCAAAGUUACAGUGCACUUUAGUCCUUCCGAUCCAUUAUUGUCUGUGUCUGGUUUAAACAACAUUGUUGAGAUACUGAACUACAAGUGUGGGGAGGGUGAGAGCAAGAUUUUCAGUCAUGAUGGGCACAGAGGAAAAAACGUUCAUACUGUAGUGACUCACAUGUGGCACCCAGUGCAGAAAAACCUACUUUUUUCUGCUGAUGAUACUGGAAAAAUUAAUGCAUGGAGAUUUAAGCAGUCUGUAAAUUUAUGAAGGUUUCUUAAUUUUUUCUUUUACAAAGAAGUGCCUCUGUUAUCCCUGGCUUAAGAUUUAGUGUAAACUUUUCCAUAAUUUUUUUUUUAUGCUGUGACAGUAGUGAAAAUGCAAAACUAACCCUUACUCAUCUUGAUCUUAAACCAGAAAAUUGUGCAUUGUUUUUUGGCAUAUUUUCACUAACAAAUUGUUCUGAAAAUCACAGGUUCCCAUGACUAAUUUCAGCCAGUGGUGUGGCAACUCUCACUUGCAUAUUUCAUUCAUUACAAGCAUGACCAGUGUACAACUAGAAAACAGAAAACGCAGUAUAAGAAUAAAUAAGACCUGCUUAGUGUGGUGAAUGCUGUGUGGUUGGUGCCAUCUUACAGCAUACUGCCACACUGGCUGAGGAUGGAAUCUUAAUGUGGAGUUGGCACACCAUUUCACAAACUGAAUGUAAUAUGAGCAUUUACAACAAUGAAUUAAUUAAUUUUGUCAGUGAUAUGCCAAAACUAAAAUUUAUCCACUUCAGGAUUUGGUUUGAUGGGUUUGAUUCUCCAUGAAUGUCACUUCAUAAACUGUGCUUUAAAAAGAAAAUUCCUUGUACAAUAUCUCAGGGAACCACUAGUUUUACACUCCAUUGCAGCUUGUGUUUGAUUACUGUUUCUUUUUUUUAUGUAACUUAAAAGCCAUACAACAUUCCAUUACAUGUUUAUUACAUAUAUACCAGAUACCAGAUGUCAUACAAAAAUCCACUCCAUUUUUUUUUUCAAUAUCAGUAUUUAAGAAGACAGCUUAUGGUACUUUUGAGGUGAUUCUUGUUGUUGUUUUUUCAAUAUCAGUAUUUAAGAAAACAGCUUAUGGUACUUGGGAGGUGAUUGUGUCAGCACCUCAAAAGUCUAAUGAGGAAUGUGACAAGGAAAAAUGAUUACCCCUCCCUCCCCUGCUUCAGAGAAGUGUCUUGAGAUGUUGCAUGCAAGGCACACUUAUACUGGAUGUUAAAUUUCAUCUCAUAAAGUUAGUUUAAAAGUCUUUCUUUGACAAUUCACCUGUUAUUGCAUUUUUUUUUUAUUUAUUUUUUUUUAUUUGGAUGAACUGUCCUUGUCUCAGUCCACAAUUUCAUGUUUAUUUUCUGGCUCAGCUUGCUUCUCAGCUUCCUCUUCAUCAGACUCAAAGGUGUUGUCUGGGAUGUCAUACAAUCUGAUCAUUGCCUGCAAAAAAAAGGACACUUUGUCAGCAUUCAGAAGAAACCAGGAUGGAAGGUCUUACACUUGUACACCCUAGUGUUAUAUUCUGUGACUUUACAUCUCACACAAAGGACUCUUCAUAUUUGUCCUUGAGAAGGGAUUAAUGGUGAAUUGUAAUCAUUAUGUGAGGGUAAAACAAGGAAAACAGUAUUAACAAAGAGGAGAUGGAGACUGAAAGCAAUGGAGAAGAGGUGUCUAAUGAUCAUUUGCCUUCAAUGUGGCCAGAUGUCAGCUAAGGGAAAAUCUGUAGCUGGUCAAGACCACACCUCCAUUCAUAGCUAUUGCACAUCCAUCCUCACCACCACACAGCUGUUGUAGUAUCUUCAAUAACUCCAUCUUCAUUCAUCCCAGUUACAAACAUUCCUCCGUAUGCCACAACAACCUUCUUGCAACUAAACACUUCAUUGUUCUGAUUUGUGACACUCUCCAUUACACUUGUAGUCCAUGCUUCAGGUCCAUACAAUGCAGCAAUUUCUUUUCAAAGAGUAGUUUACCUUAUUGGGAUCCUUCAUGAUGAGGUACUUUCCAUCAGGCAGCUUCAUGCAGAUAUCAAUGAUGCAGCGCAGGAUGCCCCAGGCAUUGUCCAUACUCAGGUUGAUCUGAUUAGCAAACUCCAUUGGCCUAAACUGCUGUGUACCCAGGAUCAUGUGUUUGGUGGAGUCCCGCACAUUGACGCGAGACACAUACCUGUCAGGUAAUGGACAUACUUAAGUGGAGGCCCACCAAGUAGAAUGAGCGCAUGAUAAAGGAAAGUGCAUUAGCGCUAUUGGUAUUGGGUUUGGAAAAACCCCCAUACAAAUGAAAGGGAUUGAAGCCUUUCUGCAAGCAAAUAAUAACUUCAUAGACAAUACUUGAGUUUAUUAAUGAAAACUAUGGUAAAAAUUCAGUCUGUCUGUAUAUACCAGGCUGACAUCCUUAGAAACAGAAACAUCCAUCCCAUUUCUUGUAUCUGAUCCAAUCAAUCAGGUGACUGGAACAUUUAUCCCUAUCAUGCACAACUAUUUUUCAUUGAUCCACAGAUAUGCCUCCUGCAUAUAAUCCAGUCAUCUUCAUCAACUGUUCUUCCAUCCUCUCUACACAUUCAAAUAUAUACUUAAAGAUAAGAUCUUGGCUACUCACCCAAACUUGAUCUGGUCUGAACCAGCCAGUAUGGCCUGAACUGUCCACUUGGCUAGCUUACAGGCAUUGUUCUUCAGCUCAUUGGCCAACACAGCACCACGCUGAGUGUCAAGCUUCUGCCUCCAGUCGACACCUCCAGAAAACUUGGAAUCCCACUCGUUCAAGGCCUGGAAACCAAAUUUUUACAUACUAGUAUUAAUUUCAAAUAUAAUCCAAAGCUUCAAAAUUUUCUUCGAGAAUACACAGCUGAAGGUAUCACAGCAUUAUGGAGUUUACAUCUCACUUUCAGAUUCAUGCUAGAUUAAUUUAUUUUUGCAUUAACCCACAACUAUUAAAUUUCUACAACCCUGUACAACAGUACAAGGUAACCUAGUAGUCACUACCAGUAUACCUUGAUAUUGAUGAACUGUAUUUCAUUGUUGGGUGCCGACUGCACCGAAUCGUGUUCUGUACGAGCCACCAAGUUGAUGUCAUUGCCGAGGCACCACUUCCGGUACCUGUAUCCCACUGGCGCCACCUCGUCUUCUUCAUCCUCAUCCAAGAAGGGGUUGUCAUGCUCAAACUUGUAACGAUUUCCAUCCUGAGGCACGUGUGAAAAUUUAUGAUGCAGAUUCUUCAAACUGCACUUUAAAUCCUAGCUCAUUGAAUUCAAUGUUUUAUAGAUUAUGUUGGGUGGGACAUUCAUGUAUUUAUUUUCAUCAGUGAAUGGAAAGUUGAACUGUUUGAGAAUAGAUGAUGAAGUGAAGGGAUGUAUUGUGGUGUAAUAAAGCUAUUUGAGGAGA